GGGCGGGCCUAAAAGGGGGCGGGGACUGGAGCGGCCUCCUACACCUCCCUCCUUCGGGCGUACCCCUCUCGCGGCCGGCGGGCAGUGGCUGGCUGAAGCGGCGGUACUUUCUGCGUGGCCCCGGAAGGACAUAGAGCGGAAGGCGGGAGAAGGAAGCAGCCGGCAGGGUAGGCGGCCCGAGGGGGCGGUUGCAUGCGGAUCGUACGUCCGUAGCCCAGUGAGCUUCCACACGCCGGCUCUCGCGGACAGGAGCCCACCCGACGGCCUGUGUUUGCGCUUGGGGACGUCGUCUGCGCUAGUGCGCCUGCGCGCCGGCCGGCCCGUGGGCCUCGCCGCUGUCCUCGCGCCGGCAGCCUGCCUGACGGGUCCUGCCGCGCUUUUCCCGGCCUCUCCGCUCGGCAGUGCAUCGGCGGGCAGCAUGUCGCGGCGGCGACACAGCGAUGAGAAUGAUGGUGGACAGCCUCACAAAAGGAGAAAGACCUCUGAUGCAAAUGAAACUGAAGACCAUUUGGAAUCUUUAAUAUGCAAAGUAGGAGAAAAGAGUGCCUGCUCUUUGGAGAGCAACCUAGAAGGCUUGGCUGGUGUUUUAGAAGCUGAUCUUCCUAACUACAAGAGCAAGAUCUUAAGGCUUCUUUGUACAGUUGCACGUCUGUUACCUGAGAAGUUGACAAUUUAUACAACAUUAGUUGGACUACUGAAUGCCAGGAAUUACAACUUUGGUGGAGAAUUUGUAGAAGCUAUGAUUCGUCAACUUAAAGAAUCAUUGAAAGCAAACAAUUAUAAUGAAGCUGUAUAUUUGGUCCGUUUUUUAUCUGAUCUUGUGAAUUGUCAUGUGAUUGCUGCCCCAUCAAUGGUAGCUAUGUUUGAAAAUUUUGUAAGUGUAACUCAGGAAGAAGACGUGCCUCAGGUGCGACGGGAUUGGUAUGUGUAUGCAUUUCUGUCAUCUUUGCCCUGGGUUGGAAAGGAGUUGUACGAAAAGAAAGAUGCAGAGAUGGACCGCAUCUUUGCCAACACUGAAAGCUAUCUUAAAAGACGCCAAAAGACUCAUGUUCCCAUGUUACAGGUAUGGACUGCUGAUAAACCACAUCCACAAGAAGAGUAUUUAGAUUGCCUGUGGGCCCAGAUUCAGAAAUUGAAAAAGGAUCGCUGGCAGGAACGGCACAUCCUAAGACCUUAUCUUGCCUUUGACAGCAUCCUGUGUGAAGCACUACAGCACAAUCUGCCUCCUUUUACACCACCUCCUCACACUGAAGAUUCAGUAUACCCGAUGCCAAGGGUCAUCUUCAGAAUGUUUGAUUACACAGAUGAUCCCGAGGGUCCUGUUAUGCCAGGAAGUCAUUCAGUGGAAAGAUUUGUAAUAGAAGAGAAUCUUCACUGCAUCAUUAAGUCCCACUGGAAGGAAAGGAAGACUUGUGCUGCACAGCUAGUGAGCUAUCCAGGGAAGAACAAGAUCCCCUUGAACUACCACAUAGUUGAGGUGAUCUUUGCAGAGCUCUUUCAACUUCCAGCACCCCCGCACAUUGAUGUGAUGUAUGCAACACUUCUCAUUGAACUCUGCAAACUUCAGCCUGGCUCUCUACCCCAAGUUCUGGCACAGGCAACUGAAAUGUUAUACAUGCGUUUGGACACAAUGAAUACGACAUGUGUAGACAGGUUUAUUAAUUGGUUUUCUCAUCAUCUAAGUAACUUCCAGUUCCGUUGGAGCUGGGAAGAUUGGUCAGAUUGUCUUACUCAAGAUCCUGAAAGUCCCAAACCAAAGUUUGUAAGAGAAGUUCUAGAAAAAUGUAUGAGGUUGUCUUACCAUCAGCGCAUAUUAGAUAUUGUUCCUCCUACCUUCUCAGCUCUAUGUCCUGCAAACCCAACCUGCAUUUACAAGUAUGGAGAUGAAAGUAGCAAUUCUCUUCCUGGACAUUCUGUCGCCCUGUGUUUAGCAGUUGCCUUUAAAAGUAAGGCAACCAAUGAUGAAAUCUUUAGUAUUUUGAAAGAUGUACCAAAUCCUAACCAGGAUGAUGAUGAUGAUGAAGGAUUCAGUUUUAACCCAUUGAAAAUAGAGGUCUUUGUACAGACUCUGCUACAUUUGGCAGCCAAAUCAAUCAGCCACUCCUUCAGUGCUCUUGCAAAGUUUCAUGAAGUCUUCAAAACCCUAGCUGAAAGUGAUGAAGGAAAGUUACAUGUGCUAAGAGUUAUGUUUGAGGUCUGGAGAAACCAUCCACAGAUGAUUGCUGUACUAGUGGAUAAGAUGAUUCGUACACAGAUUGUUGACUGUGCUGCAGUAGCAAAUUGGAUCUUCUCUUCAGAGCUAUCUCGUGACUUUACUAGAUUGUUUGUUUGGGAAAUCUUGCACUCUACAAUUCGUAAGAUGAACAAACAUGUUGUGAAAAUCCAGAAAGAGCUAGAAGAAGCUAAAGAGAAACUCGCAAGGCAACACAAACGGCGAAGUGAUGAUGAUGACAGAAGCAGUGACAGGAAAGAUGGGGCUCUUGAGGAACAAAUAGAAAGACUGCAGGAAAAAGUGGAGUCUGCUCAGAGUGAACAAAAGAACCUCUUCCUUGUCAUAUUUCAGCGUUUUAUCAUGAUCUUGACUGAGCACUUAGUACGAUGUGAAACUGAUGGGACCAGUGUUUUAACACCAUGGUAUAAGAACUGUAUAGAGAGGCUCCAGCAGAUCUUCCUACAGCAUCACCAGAUAAUCCAGCAGUACAUGGUGACCCUGGAGAACCUUCUCUUCACUGCGGAGUUAGACCCCCAUAUCCUGGCUGUGUUCCAGCAGUUCUGUGCCCUGCAGGCCUAAGGGUCAUUUUUUCCCCCUCAUGUCAAGAUUUUUUAAAAACACCUUAAAAUUAUUUGUCUUAUU